AUGAGUCUUUUGGGGCUGGAUUGUACGGACAAGAUCGUCAUUAAUGGAGUCGAUUUGGUGAAUCAAGAUGAGUUGAGUCAAGGACAGCUGCGGGAAUUGCAACGAUUCAUUGACGAGAACUCGCAUAUUCUCAAGUUCAUGGAGCGACCAUUGGAAGAGCCAAAAGAGAGUCGAUUCACGAAAUCGCCAACUCCAUCUCGUUACGGGACGAUUCGUAGCCGAAUCGGCUAUCCAGCUGACGUCAACGAUGGAUAUCAGACGUUGAGUCAGAAAUUUGGGCUUCCAAAUCGUGAUCGGGAGAUCGAUUAUGAGAGAACGGAGACCUAUCAUAGAGCUCCGAAGCUUGGCUGGGAAUCACUGUCUAGCGGUCGGCCUUCUCCAUACAGCACCAUUGAUCGAAAGGGCUCUUUGAGGAGAAGUGUCGGACCCUCGGAUAAACGAGUGACAAUCGAUCCGAACUACCGCUCCUCAUCCGUCGAUCGACCAACCGAGAGAGCCAUGCAAAACAUGAAAACCAACACCACAGAAAGCAAUCAAAUCGUGCAUCAAGCCUACAAUCAAGGGACACAAUCAUUGGGUCGAAACGCGCCUAGAGACUCUGUUUACUCAACUCCAUUCGACCCAAGCAAAAUCGUCAUCAAAAAAAGAUCU